AAAUCUGCCUCGCGGCAUCCGGUCGGCGUGUCAAACACAGUCGUCUACAGUCACCGAGUUUGCGGAAAGCCCACUCCAACAGGGCGCAGGCAGGAGGGAGGCAAUUUGGAAGAAGGCUCACAUCUACACAUUCUCAAGUCAGUAUCAUAUCGUCGCAGCGCUGCUUCAGACUCGUAUUGUCUGCAGAAAAGUUUGCCGACAAACGGGUCACUGGAAGGCAUAACAUGCGGGCAGCACGAAAUGACCAGUCGACAGACUGAACAGCGAGCCGCAGCCGCCAGUCGCAGGAUUAAGGAGGCCAAGCCAGCACAGAAAGACAUUAAUCAUUCAGUUUGGGGUAGCGAAAGAGAGUAUGGGCGGCAACAGUCAAUUGACAAGUGA